AGCUGCUACGACUACGAGGAGUGCAAACUGUCAAAACAAUGCCAAUCUGUUCGCAGUUCUUUUGCAUUAAAAUAAAAAAUUUCAAUGAAAAUCUGUGAAUUUUGUGGAGAAAACGCAAUCCAAAGUACAGUUCAAUCAUGAACUUUGUGGAAACUAUAAAAUCAUGCUGGAUGAAGACAGUGAUCGGUUCGGUUUUGCUGACAGCCGGUAUUUGUGUUUUAUUCUGGAACGAGGAACGUGCGAUCAGUAUUUCGCUCUCACUGGAAGCAGCUCUUGAUGAUACCAUAACAAUUAGCGGAGAACGACCUUAUGAUAAAGCUUACGAGGGCAAGUUGGUUCAUCUGAUCGGCCCGAUUGUAACUGGAGAACCAUUAACCGAACCAGAUUACAACAUUCAAGUGCAGGCUGUUAAGCUGAAAAGGCGUGUGCAAAUGUACCAAUGGAUAGAGGAGUAUGUGGAAAACAACUACGGUGAAACAGUAGUCUCAGUCCAAACAGAAGACCGCACCUACUACUAUACCAUGGACUGGCGUGAUGAUUUGGUCGAUUCGCGAAGUUUCUACAUCCGGACGGGUCAUCACAAUCCAACAGCGUUUCCAAUGGACACCAAACUGUACGUUUCGGAGCGAGUACACAUCGGUCAAUAUGAACUCGGGGAGGCUUUGAAAGACCGGUUUACAAAAUUCAUCGAAGUUACGUCGGAUACCAGACCGGAAGAUCCUGCGGUGAAGCUACACUCGGGCCUAUAUUACCACUGUGAUAAUAUUUGGAAGCCAUUGAUUGGCGACAUAAGGAUACAGUUUUACUACGCAGGCCUAGAAGGUUCAACGUACACAAUCAUCGGAAAACUAGAAAAUGGAAAAAUUGUUCCCUACGAGUCGUUGCAUGGCAGGAAACUUUUACUAAUCUAUUCGGGAGAGCUUUCCCUCUCCGAGACGUUAAAAAUGGAACAACAUGCGAAGCGGAUGACUGCCUGGGGUUGGCGUCUUAUUGGUUGGAUCAUGCUGUUUCUUUCGGCCACGUGUUCGGCAUCGGUUCUGCAGUAUAUUACUGCGCAAAGCCGUGUUCUGCGGCAGUUCGUGCCGGACCCAACUUUUCCGGUUUCCACCAACAUCACUUUGGCAUUUUCUUUAGCGUUAGUGGUUACUUCAGUUGCGUGGAUUGUUUAUCGGCCCGUGCUUGGAAGCGGCAUAUUUUUUGCGGCUGUGUCACCUUUCCUAUACUGUGCUCGCGGAAUAUUCAAUAAUUAUCAACGCAUCGACUAAACAUAAGCUUUUGACAAUAAUUUGUUUUACAUAAGGGAAUGACGGUUUUGGCAGGUUUUGUUCUAUUAUUGUCAGGUGGGUUUUUUAUGACUGAUUAUGCUCAAAUAUGGCCUAAACAUUAUUUGCAUAUCAAAGAAUAUUGUGGACAAAUUUCAUAAAAUUUGGUCGACAAAACCCCCCCUGACAAUAAUAGAACAAAACCUGCCAGAGCCGUCUUUUUCCCUGGUUCUUGUUGACUGUCAUGCUAAGCAUAGUUUUUACGACAUUCCCACUAUGCUGACUGGUGAUGAAUUUUUCCAAGCAAGUUAUUUCUCCUUCAAUUUCCAUGACUAGAAUUUUUCAGCAAUCUAGUUGUCAAAAUUGGAUUUAUUCCGUAAUAUUUGCUUGUUUCAAUGAUCAGUUCAGUGGGACAUGGACAGCUCUAAACUAUGCUUGGAACGGCAGUUGAGCUCUGCCUUGAGUGUGUUUAAGGGUUUCUCAAAAUAUUCUCAUCUUUUAUAUCUAGUCUUGAAGUUAGUCUAAAUAAAUAAAUACUCCUGUUUUAAA